CUCGCUCUUUUCAUUCGUGAAAUUCGAAUAAAACUUCAACAACUAGCCUUUCCAACGCUUUUUUCUUUAAUUUUUUGCUGUUUAUGUAAAUUUAUAACGCAACGGAAUGAAUCUGCGUAUAAGAUGAUCGUUUGGCGCAUUAUUAAAUUGCGAUGAAAGUAAUGUUAGCGUUUUUGAUUGACUGAGAUUUAGCUGCCAGUCUGUGGAGCAGUGUGCUUGAUAUUAAAUUAGUAGUUGUGCUUGGCUGCCGAUUUGGGCUUUACACACAAAAGAUAUUCUAUCAAUUGAUUUAUUUUUUGGAACAAAUGAAGCGUGGUCGUGGAAAUAAGAAAGGAAAAGGAAAAAAAUCAAAAUUGGUCAGCACAAAUGAGAUAUCUUCAAAUGUUGUUAGUUUAAAUACGGAAGACAAUCCUGAUGAGUUUGAUAAUGAUGAUGUUGACUCCGGAUUGGAUGCCGAGACGAUGCCAUCUCCAUCGGGAAUUGAUCAACUAGAUAAACUUGCUAAAGCUGCUCCUGUAGGACGACCAAAUCAUGAUACAUUUGGAAAAGCAGUUUACACACGGGUAAAAGUUAAGAUCAAGACUUCUAAAACUCUAGAUUCUCAGCAUACUUCUUCAGAUGCACCUACACAUAGUGAUACUGACAUGAGUAGCCAACUAGUGGGUUCAGAAAAACGAAGUGUUUUUAGUGAAAAGAUGGAAGACAGUGCCAACUCUUUACCUGAAACUAACGGAGGUGUAUCUAUGAAUCCAUCUAGAAAAUCCGUCGGUAUAAAGAUAAAAUCAUCAAAGGGACUUGGUUCUUCAAGUAUGAGCCCAUGUAGUAAUGUUGAAUUGGUCAAGGGAGAUAAGGCAGAAAAUAAAGACUCUGAGUUACUUCAUCAGGAUUCUAAAUCCAAAGAGCAAGAACUGAAAGUUGCAUUAGAGGUAAUAAGAAAGGUUAUGAAAAUGGAAGCAGCCGAUCCCUUCAAUGUUCCGGUUAAUCCUGUGGCUCUUGGAAUACCAGAUUAUUUUGAGGUCAUAGAUACACCAAUGGAUUUUGGUACAAUAUGCAGUAACCUAGAAAAAGGUGAUAAGUACAUGACUGCGGAGGAUGUCUUCAAAGAUGUGCAAUAUAUAUGGGAAAACUGUUACAAGUAUAAUAACAAAGGCGAUUAUAUUGUGGAACUUAUGAAGAGGGUGAAGAAGAACUUCACAAAGUGUUGGGCAGCUGCUGGUUUAUUCGGUGAUCAACCUCAAGACAUUAGUGGUGUCGAAGGCAAUCAAAUGAAGGAUGCUACUCCUUCAAGUCAUGAGAAUACAAUGGAGGAUGGUGGUUCUUUGAGCCUUUCGGGGAAAAAGUUCCAUGGGCUUAAGAAGCACAAGGAAGGCUGCCUAUGUGCUAUAUGUGUAAUGAUGCGUCGCAGGCAGGAGAGAGAGGAGGUUGCUCGGAUGAUGGGAGGACAAAAUGAAGGCAGUGACGACUCUUUGGGCGAUGAGAUCAGGGCAGAGGGUGUAUCACAUGGAGGAAGUCCUUUUGGUGAGUAUACUUCAUCAAAUAUGGAGAACUCACCAGAUGCAGACACUGGAAGAAAAGGACAAGAGAUAAAGUUGGGAGAUAUCAAAAAUCUAUAUGGCCAACAAAGGGAGAAUAUUACAAUUGCAGGAGAGGGUUCUCGAGAUGAAAAUAGUAGACAUUAUCAGAUGCCACAUCUGGGUUCAGGAGGAAAUGUAUCUAGUGACACCUGGAAAGAAAUGCCUUUCCAGCACGAGGAUGAAGGUGCUGCAACUGAUCAACUAAAGCCCAAGCAGGUGCUAGAUAAAAACCAGAGAGCUAAAAUGUUGGAGAAUCUCCGUUACUUGGAAAAUCCAAUGCUUUUAGAGCUAUGCGGAACUCUCUUUUCGGAGGAUAACAGAUCUUUCUGGAGCGGACCUCAUUCAUUGGUUGAGCGCCGGAGUUCAACCCGCAAGAGUUCCAUUCAUGAUGCUAUUGCAACAUUUAUGAAUUAAUUGCUUAGGUUUUGAAUGUUUGAACUAUACUGGAUUGAGUAGUUGAAGUAAUCUCACUUCAUUCUUGUAGAAUGUAUCAUACAAAUUGAUGGAUCUGAUUUAUAUCAGCAAUUUUUAAGUGUGUUCAGGCAACAGCA